AUGGAGAGAAACGGCGCUGCCUUCCCCCAAACACUAGACCCCACGCACCACUUCCACACAGCGCUGGUGGAUCAGAGACGCAGGCUGCGUGGCCAGAUUGCUCACCUUCACAAGGUGGCUCAUAAACUUAACAAGCUCCGCAAAAGGUCCCUGAUUGCCAAUGUCAGCGGGAGCACCCUGACUGCCGCCGGAGCAGUCACAGCCAUCGUGGGGCUGUCCCUGAGCCCGGCGACACUGGGAGCCUCUCUCCUGGUGUCGGCUGUGGGUCUAGGUCUGGCCACUGCCGGGGGGGCCAUCAGCAUCACCUCCGACCUCUCCUUAGUGCUCUGCAAUUCCCGGGAGGUAAGGAAGGUGCAGGAAAUCGCAAUGACUUGUCGGAAACAGAUGAGGGAAAUCCUUGGCUGCCUGGAGUUCCUCCGCCGGGGGCAGGGCCCGGGGGACCCCACACUGCGCCAGUCAGAGAAGAGGGCCUCCAUCUCACUGUACAACUCCGUCUGCUUCAUGGUCUUCUGUGGCUCGCACAGCUUCCUUGUUCCGGAAUGCACAAAGGAGGUCACAAAAGUAAGCCAGGCCGUGCUGAAAGCCAAAAUCCAGAAGCUGGCUGCCAACCUUGAGACCUGCACCAGGGCGAUGGAUGAAGUGUGUGAACUUCUUGAGUCCAGGACAGAGCUCUCCACAAGCACGAGGAGACUCAGCUUGGGUGCUAAAACCACUGCUGAGACCCCAAGACCAUCCAGCUGA